CGCAGACUCAGGGAUAGACGAGGGAUUGAUUGCCGCACGAGAGGAUCCUCGAGACUGCUCGCUGACCAUUCCCUGUUUGCUAUCAAGAAGCGAGGCGACAAUCAUGGCUAGGUCCCACCUCAGCACGUCCAGCACUCUGCCAGCUUUCCACCAAAGCAACCUACAAGUACACGCUGCUGCCGCUGCAUGGACUCGUCGACGUGUUCCGCCAACGAGACGAAGGGUGGUGCCCGCGUUCAUGAGCGAUCCUAGGCAAGGGGAAGGCGGGAUGGAAUUCACAGAGCCUUCGCUGGAAGAGUCUCUCGACGCCAUAGAUGAUGUCUUCAUGGACAGGUUGCCUGGAGAAGGGCGAGAGAAGGUGAAGAUUUUUGGCGCGUGGCUGGACGCCGACGUUGCGGGAAGGAAAGCGGGGCAAGGGAACAGAGCGGCAGGGCUGAUUGCUCGCAUGAAGAAUGGAGAGGAGCUUACAGACCAAGAAAAGGCAGAGAUUUUUUAUGAAGAAGCGAUCGCGUUGAUGAGGCGCCGCGACUGCGACGCAUCUGUCGCUCUCCUAGACAAGGCAGUCGACCUGGCGGGAGCGGACUCGAGGAGAGGCGGCGAAUUCAAGCUGUGGGCGGCGCAGGCCCUGCAGGGUGUCAACAGGAACAACCAAGCGGUGGAGGUCUUGAAAAGCCUCAAGAGUCACAGGGAUUUCGACGUCCGCAAGGUAAGCGCUGAGCUUCUGUACAUCGCUCAAGCUCCGCAGCUGGCGUUGAAUGGCGAGGACUUCGUCGACUUUCCGGAUACAUCCGGCAUCACGGACGAUUAUGACAAGAAGGAUCUGGGGAAGCCCAAAAUAGCUCCGUGGAAAAAGUCAGAGAAGGAAGAAGACAUGUUUUACGUCGGGGAGGACACAGGAGUACGACCGGGCAAUGAUCCCGUCAUGUUCUUGGCAGCGAUUGUGGGCAUCUUGGGCCUGUCGUACAUGUUUUUGGUGUAGGAUUGCCCGUUCGGUUUGGGCCCCGCCCACCUCUCGCAUGUCCAUUCUCCUACAGAUGCAGCAGGUGUCCCGCCGCUGCUGACUGCGGUUGGUCGUCUCAAUGGAAGUAAUAAGGUUAGCAGGACGAGUGGGCGUUGCCUGGAGCGUGUGGUACGUGUACAACAAGGGAGUUCAUUUUUUUGAAGCGCCGAGGCCCGUGGCCCUGCAGUACUUGGGGUGUACAUACGGGUAGACUAAAAUAACUGCUGCGGUAGAGUAGCGUGCCCGAGGGUUCACUGGCGUGGAAGAACGGUUGGGGUAUGUAUCGGGAGGGCGCAGCGUCCCCGCCUGUGUCAUGCGGCUACUUUGAUCUGAGGCGGGGUUGUAUAGUAGCAUGCGGUGCACACAAGUACGUAGGAGGGUGCCGGCGUGUGCGUUUAUUCCUAGAUGCCGACAAAGGUGCUCGGCAGCCGAGCUUUCUGUGUGUAGCUAGUAC